UAGUUUUCACUUCAUCUGAAUAAUUUCCUGCAGCAGGAAACUUUGCUGGGACAGUAACUAUCAGUCAGAGAGAUGGAGGCAGAGGAGAGUAAAAUAUCAGUGUGGGUUUGUCGCGAAGAGAAGCUCGUGUCGGGCUUGUCGAAGCGCACGACCUGCGCAGAUGUGAUCCGGGUGUUACUGGAGGAGCAGAACCUGGAGACGCGCGUGUCUUUCUCGGGCUCUCCUCAGUCCUACUGCGUCGUGGAGAAAUGGAGAGGGGUCGAGCGGAUUUUACCCAACAAAACCAAGAUCCUGCGACUGUGGAGCGCGUGGGGAGAGGAACAAGAAAACGUGCGGUUCGUGCUUGUGAAGAACGAGGCGUCUCUCCCGAGCAACGGGCCGCGGAGCGCAGAGGCGCGCGUAGUUCUCAGCAAGGAGAGCCCGUGUGUUUACAAGGGGACCGCGAGAGUGACAAUGGCUCUGUCACAAGAGAAACAAAGACGGAUAGUGAGGAAAGCGUUCAGAAAAUUGGAUAAGAUCAAUAAGAAAAGAGCGCAGGCUGCAUCUAAGGACGAAUCAUGCAUGGAGAAGAUGGAGACCCUUGUGCACCUGGUCAUAUCUCAAGAUCACACCAUCCGCCAGCAGAUUCAGAGGAUAAAAGAGCUCGACAGGGAAAUCGACAGGUAUGAGGCCAAAGUUCAUUUUGAUAGAAUGAAGAUGCACGGGGUCAACUAUGUCCAGGAUACGUAUUUAGUGGACGCCAACCCUGAUAAAGUUGGCGAGGGUGACAAAACCAGCCCAGAAGAAGCUCUCGCCCAGUUUGAGGAAUAUGCGAGGAGAUGCGAGGAGGUCAUCAAACUGCAAGAAGAACUGGCUGAGCACGAGGCCCUCAUGGAGAGCAUUACGACUGAGAUCCAAGAGGAGCUCAACCAGAGGUGGAUGAAGAGAAGGCACGAGGAACUGGCGAAUAAAGACGCCGAAAGCACUUCUGGCGAGGCAUCUCUCAGAGUCACAACUCAAGAACACCAUGAAGGAUCUUCAGCGCUGGAUGUGUCGUCUGACAACGACUUGCUUCUGGAAGAGGAGAGGAUCAGAACCCAACUCGACACCAGUUUGUACAUCGGCCUGCGGUUGAACACAGACUUGGAGGCUAUAAGGAAUGAUUUGGACUUGACCAAGGAGAUAUGGGGGGCGAAAGAGAAAGAACUAACGGAUUUAUUGGAGAAAGUCAACUCUUUGGAUUUUGAGGAGGACAGUGCAGACAAUGCGGAGCUGAAAGAGGAAAGCACAAUAGAAACAGACAGACUGAUGGCUCUCGAGGGGGACAGUGUGUGGGUGGAGCAGGCAAGAGGGCUUUCAAAAACAUGUGACGGGAAUGAUGACGACUCAGAUACGGGACUCAGUUCAAUGCACAGUCAAGACUCGGAUAUCACACCCGUCUGUGAAUCGUUAGUGUGAAAACCACAGCCUGCUUUUACUUUAUCCCUGGCUGGAUUAUUGAAGUGAACAACAUAACACUGGCUUAAAGGGAUAGUUCACCCGUAAAUGAA